AACACGACGUCACGAGUAGUUUGUUUUUUUUUACGUUCUAUAACAUUGUAUGAUCUAUAAAACUCAGCUGUAAACAUCAACAAUUAAUGAUGGAUACUAAUGAUGUUAUAACUGAUGAUGUAGAUGAAUAUUGUCAUGUUAAAGUGGAGAAAACUGAAGAUGAUGUACAUGUUGUAGAUGAAUAUUGUCAUGUUAAAGAAGAGAUAACUGAUGAUGUAGAUGAAUAUUGUCAUGUUAAAGUGGAGAAAACUGAUGAUAUUGAAACUGUUUAUCAGUGUAAUUUGUGUGAUGAGGAAUUUAAAUCUGAAACUGAUUUAGAAAAACACUGUGAAAAACAUGUUAAAGAAGAGGAAUCUGUUUUACAACAUGGUGAACAUUGGGAGGGGAGUUUUAACCAGAAUAAUGAAAAAGAAAUACACAAUUCACAAGAGUUUAAGAAGUGUGAUGUUUGUAGUAAAUCAUUUAGUAACAGUAGCGAUCUACAGAAACAUAGGAGAAUUCAUACUGGUGAAAACUGUUUUAAAUGUGAUGUUUGUAGUAAAUCAUUUACUAAUAGUAGAUAUCUACAGGAACAUAUGAAAAGUCAUGUAAGAGAAAAACAUUAUAAAUGUGAUGUUUGUAGUAAAUCAUUCACAUACAUUUGUAAACUACAGAGACAUAUCAGAAUUCAUACUGGUGAAAAACCCUUUACGUGCGAUGUUUGUAGUAAAUCAUUUACUAAUAGUACUGGUCUGCAGGAACACAGGAGAACUCAUAGUGAAAAAAAAAUGUAUAAAUGUGAUGUUUGUAGUAAAUCAUUCACAUGCAAUAGUACACUACAGAGACAUAAAAGAAAUCAUUCUGGUGAAAAACUUUAUAAAUGUGAUGUUUGUAGUAAAUCAUUUGCUGUCAAUUGCGAUCUACAAAGACAUAUCAGAAUUCAUACAGGUGAAAAACGCUUUACAUGUGAUGUUUGUAGUAAAUCAUUUACUAACAGUUGCGAUGUACAGAGACAUAUGAGAAUUCAUACUGGUGAAAAACCCUUUACGUGUGAUGUUUGUAGUAGAUCAUUCACUGACAGUAGUAGUUUGCGGAGACAUAUAAGAAUUCAUACUGGUGAAAAACCUUAUAAAUGCGAUGUUUGUAGUAAAUCAUUCACCUACAGUAGUCAUCUUCAGACACACAUCAGAAGUCAUACUGGUGAAAAACCCUUUACGUGUGAUGUUUGUCGUAAAUCUUUCACUGAAAGUGGUAGUCUCCAGCAGCACAUGAGAAUUCAUACUGGUCAAAAACCAUAUACAUGUGAUGUUUGUAGUAAAUCAUUUAUCACUAGUUGGAGUCUACAGGUUCACAUGAGAAUUCAUACAGGUGAAAAACCUUAUAAGUGUGAUGUUUGUAGUAAAUCAUUUUCUACGAUUAGCAAUCUACGUGUACACAUGAGAAGUCAUACAGGUGAAAAGCCAUUUAAAUGUGAUGUUUGUCGUAAAUCUUUCACUAAUUGUACUGGUCUCCAGCAACACAUGAGGAACCAUACUGGUGAACGACCGUAUAAAUGUGAUGUUUGUAGUAAAUCAUUCACCAGGAGUAGUUUGUUGAAAAGACACGCGAGAAUUCAUCCAAUCGAAAAACCAUAAUAAAUUUACGGUGUAGUAAGAACUGUUGUCUUCAGUCACACCAGUAAUCACACUGUAAAUAGUGAGACAGAGAGAGAGAAGUGGGGUUUAACGUCAACUCGACACAAACUAGGUGAUUUCGGGACUAACACAUGGUUCAAUUUUAUUUCAAUAAUUCGCUUGCGCGUAGGGCUCUUUUAGCAGUUUGAGGAAACCGGAGGACCCGGAGAAAACCCACGAGGUUGGACAGGAGACCCUACUCCUUGUCACGUACAACCGGGGAAUCGAAACCACGCCAGCUGACUCAAUGACAGGGCUAUCCACCCCCCCCCCACCCCUGUAAAUAGUAAAAUAAAACUUUUACAAAAUCUCAAGUUGUAUGCUUGUAAGGGGAUCACGGUGGCUAAUGAGUAAGACGCUGGCUCGCUAGCCUGGAGGUCGGGUGUUCGAUCCCUGCAUUGGCCGAGAAAGUUCAUCCAGAUUUUCCGGCGUGGUUCCCCCUUGUCAGUGAUGUAGGACGGAGGGCCUGACAAGGACAGCUGUCUAGUCCUUCGGAUGAGACGAAAAACCGAGGUCACAUGUAUACAUUGGAAUGCACGUAAAAGAUCCCUUGGCAGUUGGAAUUCGAUAUAAGAGUAGGCGAUAGUGCCGCUGCCCGAGCAAAAUUUCCCUCAUAGCACACUGCAUGGCGUAUGCCCGUCUUCAUUAGCCCAGCAUAGGAGCAGAACAGUAGGACGUUAAACCCCAUUUCAUUUCAUUUUGUAUGAUUGUAUGUAUGUUGUAGUCAUUAAAUAGAUAA